AUGGUCUACACUGCCUCAGCCGACUCGGAGUACAAGGUCUUCCUGCCUCCUCGCGAUUUCGUUGGGUAUGGGCUCGAAAAGCCCAAGGGGGAUGUUUGGCCCAAGGGUGCCAAGAUUGCAGUGUCUUUUGUGCUGAACUACGAGGAGGGUGCCGAGCAUACCGUCUGGAACGGGGAUGAGCACUCUGAGCCUUUCCUUAACGAGGCGAACUACUACCGCAACCGAGCGGAAGGCAAGAGGGACAUGUAUACCGAGUCGCUAUACGACUAUGGAAUCCGCGCCGGUCUACCCCGGAUCAUCCGACUCUUCCAGUCCUUCUCCUACCCCUUCACUCUCUGGCUCAACUCGCGCGCCAUCGAGACGUCGGCGCAGUAUGGUCCGAUCCUCGUGGGUAUGGGGUGCGAUAUGGCCGCGCAUGGGAACAGGUGGAUUACGCAGACGGAGCUAAGCGGGCCAGAGGAGGAAGCAGCACACGUCCGUCAGGGUAUCGAGCGUAUCCAGAAGGCGAGCGGAAAGCAAGAUGUCCCGUCCGGGUGGUAUCUCGGCCGAGGCAGCUUGUACUCCAAGCACGUCAUCUCCAAGGUACACAAGGAGAUGGGCGUACCACUGCUGUAUUGCUCCGACUCGUACGCCGAUGAUCUGCCUUACUGGGUCGAGGACCCGCUCUCGCUAGACGGCGAGGAGGACAAGGGGAUGUUGAUGGGAAGGAAGGGGCUGAUCAUGCAGGUGCCUUACGGCCUUGUCAACAACGACCACAAAUUCUAUAGCAAGGGCGCUGGUGCUUCGACUGCUGUUGACUGGUUCAAUAUUCUCAAGGGAGACUUUGAGACGCUCUACUCGGAAGGGCAAGACGGUGAACCCAAGAUGAUGACUAUCGCGCUGCACAGCAGACUUAUCGGCAGGCCUGGACGCCUCGCCGGAUUGAAGAAGUUCCUCGAGUACAUCACCGCAAAGGAUGAUGUAUGGGUGACUACCCGCGCGGAUAUCGCAAAGCACUGGAGGGAGAAGUUCCCGUAUGAGACUGUCGGCGCUCAGCGGCUUGCGCACGGAGCAGAGUAG